GAGGAGGAAGAAGAGGAGGAGGAGGAAGAAGAGGAAUAGGAGAGACGGGAGGCGCUGGCGAGGCUGCAGUGGUCGUGCAGAGAUGUGGCCCUUGGUGGCAGCGCUGCUGCUUGGCACUGUGUGCGGCGGUUCUGCACAGCUGACAUUUAAUUCAACGAGAAUUGUGGAAAAAACUAUUUGCAAUGAAACUGUUGUACUUCCCUGCAUUGUUAGUAAUCUAGAGUUGAGGAAACUUAAAGCCAUGUAUGUAAAAUGGAAACACAAAGGAAAAGAAAUUUUUACAUUUGAUGGAGUUCUAAACAAGUCCAAUUCCAGUGAUGAUUUUAAAAGUGCAACAAUUGCAUUUUCACACUUAACAGAAGGAAAUGCCUCUUUGCAACUGAAAACGAGUGAUGCUGUCCGUGGGAAUUAUACUUGUGAAGUUACAGAAUCAAAUAGAGAAGGAGAAAUAGUAGUGGAGCUAAGGUAUCAUAUGGUUUCAUGGUUUCACCCAAAAGAAAACAUUCUCAUCGUCAUCUUUCCGAUUUUGGCUAUACUGCUUUUCUGGGGUCAAUUCGGUAUUGUGACGCUUAAAUAUAAAUCCAACUGUACAAGUGAAAAAACUAUUGGAUUAAUUAUUGCUGGAUUAUUCCUUACUGUGGUGGUUAUUGUUGGGGCCGUUCUCUUUGUACCAGGUGAAUAUUCAGUGAAGAAUGCUUCUGGACUUGGUUUAAUUGUAAUUCCUACUGUGACAUUAGUGGUCCUCCAAUACUGUUUAUUUACGACAGCUUUUGGGAUGUCCCUGUUUGCCAUCGGUAUAUUGAUUCUGCAGUUUUUGGGUUACAUUCUUGCUGUUAUUGGACUAAGCCUGUGUAUCACAGAGUGUUCCCCUACACAGGGUCCUCUAAUGAUUUCAGGCUUGGGCAUUAUUGCCCUUGCAGAAUUGCUUGGUCUAGUUUACAUGAAAUUUGUGGCUUCCAAUCAGAAGACUAUACCACCGUCUAGGAAAGCUGUAGAGGAACCCCUUAAUGUUUUGGGAAGGCACUAAGACAUUGCCCCUACUCCCCAUAUAUAGAAGACAAAGUAAUUGAAAAAAAGAAUGAUGGACUCUGAUUUGGAGGAUAGUAAGAUGUGAAUGGAAUAUUCUUGUGCUCAGACACCAUGACCUGGAUUCACUCACUGAAGAAAAGGAGGAAAUUCACUGGUUUUCAUCUCUGGGGGGGAAAAAACCCCUCCACCACCCAUAAUGAUUGCUACAGUUAAGUUUAUAUUCAAAACAGCUGUAAUUUAGUUAAUAAAAGAAUUAUAAAGAUACGUAUUGUAUUACCCCAUUGACAACUAGUUUUGGGGAAAUCAUUUUGGUUUAUUGUUCAAUAGAGACAAAGGUAGAAGUGGUACCUUUCCAGAAUGAUACCUUUAUUAAAUCCCAUGUCUUUAUUUCCUGUAAUCUUCUGGGGAUUUUUUUAACUGGUA